CUGUGAAAAUGGACGCCGAAGCCGCCCGUCUGGUGACAUCACCCACCAUCUCCACCAUCUCGACCAUCUCCUUCGAUCAAGGCGAACCAAGAUACGCCGAUGGUCGAUCUCCAUAUCCAACCGAUUCGUCCAUCACAGCCAAACCGGUAUUCAGGAAGAUCAGAGAAGAUGAAAUCAUGCCAAAGCCAAUUCCUAAACAUUCAGUGAAAUUGAUAAAGCCAGAAUUUCGGAUAAGACCGCCAUAUCUCAUGAUCUGUAUUAGCAUCCUCGAGAUCAGUGUUCAUUGUUUGAGUGAUGAAGCUGUCCUAAGCCGAUGGUUAGUUUACGAUCCCAAGAGGCGUGUUCAAGGAUGGAGAUUCAUCACUUAUAUGUUAUUACACUCAAAUCCACUUCACUUGACAUUGAAUGUUGUAAUUCAAAUAGUGUUGGCGACUCCACUUGAGGUGGAACAAGGAAAAUUGGCAGUUGCAACGAUUUAUCUUGGAGGUGGUAUUUGUGGUGCUCUAGGGGCAUCUCUACUUCAGCCAAGUCUUUAUCUUGUCGGAGCAUCUGCGGGUGUUUACGCUCUACUCACGAGUCAUCUAGCACACCUCUAUCUGUAUCUCCGGAAAUCUACACUGACGUUGACAAUGGACGUUGAAGAAUUUCGCAUCCGUGGAAAAGAGAUGGUCGAGUAUAUAUGUGACUUCAUGAGCAACAUCCAUAAUCGGAGAGUAACACCAGACGUCGGUCCGGGUUACUUGAGGCCGAUGUUACCUGCAGAAGCACCCCAACGCGGCGAAUCAUGGGACAGCAUAAUGAGUGAUGUUGAAUCAAAGAUAAUGCCUGGAAUAACUCAUUGGCAACAUCCACGUUUCCAUGCAUAUUUUCCUGCUGGCAAUUCCUUCCCUUCAAUUUUGGGAGAUAUGCUGUCCGACGCUAUUGGAUGCAUCGGAUUUUCAUGGGCGGCGAGUCCAGCGUGCACAGAAUUGGAGACAAUAGUCUGCGAUUGGUUCGGAAAGGCGAUAGGUCUACCAAAUGACUUCCUGUACUUCAGCAACGGAAGCAGAGGUGGAGGUGUUAUACAGGGCUCGGCAUCAGAAAGUGUUCUUGUAUGCAUGUUGGCGGCAAGAGCACAGGCCAUAGCGAGGCUUAAAGAAUUACCAGCUAAUGGACACUUGGAUGAGACAGCUCUUCUGGGAAAACUUAUGGCGUACUGCAGCAGAGAGUCACACAGUUGCGUUGAAAAAGAUGCAAUGAUUUGUUUUGUUAAGCUGAGGAUACUCGAGCCUGAUGAGAAGAGUGUCCUCAGGGGUGAGACACUCAGGCAGGCCAUCGAGGCGGAUGUUGCCGAGGGGAGAGUACCCUUCUUCGUUUCAACGACAUUCGGCACUACUGCCUGCUGCUCCUUCGACAAUCUCAACGAGAUUGGCGUGAUUUGUAAGAAAUAUCCCGGAAUUUGGCUGCAUAUUGACGCAGCUUACGCUGGCAACUCAUUCAUCUGCCCAGAGUUGAAGUAUCUAAUGUCAGGCAUUGAAUAUGCCGAUUCCUUUAAUACGAAUACCAACAAGUUUCUUUUGACCAACUUUGAUUGUUCCUGUUUGUGGGUGAGAGAUCGAUUUAAACUGACGAGUGCACUUGUCGUUGAUCCUUUGUAUCUACAGCAUACUCAUGCAGAUACCGCUAUUGAUUAUAGGCACUGGAGUAUUCCACUCAGUCGAAGAUUUCGAUCGUUAAAACUCUGGUUUGUGAUGAGAAGCUAUGGAAUUUCUGGUCUUCAGGCCUACAUAAGGAAUCACUGUAAACUAGCCAAACACUUUGAAGCUUUAGUGAGAAAAGACUCGAGAUUUGAAAUCUGCAACGAAGUCGUGCUAGGAUUGGUUUGCUUUCGAGCUAAAGGCACCGACAAACUUAAUCAGAAAUUACUCAGUGCAAUAAACGAUUCCGGAAAAAUUCACAUGGUCCCUGCUAAUGUGAAUCAUCGUUAUACCAUCAGAUUCGCUCUUGCAGCUCCAAAUGCGAAUGUCGAAGAUAUCGAAAUCGCUUGGACUGUUAUCACGGAUAUCCUCUCUGAAAUGUUGGAGUCCAAGGAUGUUAUGGAUGAACUCGCAGAUAUACGGGAAAAGAAGAGAAAGGCGACACUCGAACAAAGAAGAUCGUUCUUCGUUCGUAUGGUUUCGGAUCCUGCUAUUCAGCCGGGAUUCACUAAAACACCUAAUCAACCCGCCAAAUUGGAGACCCAAGCUACCAUCGGAGGAAUUGGGUCUAAUCCCCCACCCACACGCUCUUGGAUAUCUUGGCCACUGGCAUAUCUCAUGUCUAAGGAGUCCGCCGACACCAGCGAAUUAUCCCUCAGAUUUCGUCAUUUGGACACGAUGGUACGAUUAAAAACCGGGGCAGGAAGUCGUCGUGGAAGUAGCAAUGGCUGCAGCCCCGAGCCAUCGCCAUCAGUAUCACCCUCUCGUGCAAGAUCACCCAAUGGAAGAGCAUGA